GGGGAGGAGAUCUCAGACAUCGCCUACGCCCAGUCUUCCAUCCCUUCGUCGGGCCUGGGGCUCGCGACCGAGGUGCUGAUUUACAUCCUCACCGUCGUGUGCGCUGUCGUCAUCGCGCUGCGGGUGUACGUCAAGACAUGGAGUUCUGAAGCAUCUCAGGGGUGGAGGGUCAACGACUACCUCGCCGUGAUUGGGUUUCUCCCCUUCAUCCCCGCAAGCGUGCUGGGCGCGCUCGCUGUCCACUAUGGCAUCGGAUCGACGGACGCGUAUCUCAACAAGUUCGAGAUGAGAGAGUUUCUCGAGGUCCGGGGGAUGGAGUAUCUGAUUCUUUACGAGCUCACCUACUACGCCUCGUCGUCGCUUACCAAGUUCGCCAUCGCCGUCACGAUCCUACACCUCUGCGUUGAGAAGAGAUACGUCUACAUCAUGUAUGGACUCAUGGGUGUCAUGAUUGCCACCAAUGGUAUCUGUCUGAUAUGGUUGUUCGUCAAUUGCUUUCCAUUUGCGACGUACUGGAAUCCGAAGCUGGGCCAUUACAAGUCGGAGGACGGUUUCAUGAACCUCAGCUACAUUGGAACUGCUGUUCAGGUGGCUUCGGAUUGGACGUGUGCCAUCAUGCCAUUCUUCAUCGUCUACUCGUUGCAAAUGCCCAAGCGAGUCAAGAUAUCGGUUGUCGCUAUCCUUGGUCUUGGUGUUGUGGCCAGUGUAGCCGCUCUGAUGCGCAUCGUCAGUUACAAGUAUAUCGACGUCAGGGCGUACCCAAAGGAUCACUUUCUCUCGCAAGGCCGACUUCUCUUCUGGUCCCUUCUGGAGUCUGCCUUUGCUAUCAUCGCCUGUUCACUGCCGUCACUCAAGCUCUUCGGUGGAUGCAUAGCCCGAUCCAUGAUCCGUUCGACAAAUAACGUAUCAGGAGGAGCUGUAAGGUCCCCCACAUAUCUUAAACUUCAAGUUGAUUGCUAA